GCUGAAACCACACUCUCAUAUUCUACAGCCAGGGAAACUAGGUGUAGCAAACUUGUCUUUAUUUUCAUUAAUUAGAAACAAAACUAAUCAAAGAUGCGAGAAAUUGUUCAUAUGCAGGCUGGCCAGUGCGGUAACCAGAUCGGUGCCAAGUUCUGGGAAGUCAUCUCAGAUGAGCACGGUAUCGACCCCACCGGUACCUACCACGGAGACUCUGAUCUUCAGCUCGAGAGGAUCAACGUCUACUACAAUGAGGCCACCGGAGGCAAAUAUGUCCCACGUGCCGUCCUCGUCGAUCUGGAGCCAGGUACCAUGGAUUCCGUCCGCUCUGGACCAUUCGGACAGAUCUUCAGACCAGACAACUUUGUCUUUGGACAGAGUGGAGCUGGAAACAACUGGGCCAAGGGUCAUUACACAGAAGGUGCUGAGCUGGUAGACUCUGUUCUCGAUGUUGUCCGCAAGGAAGCUGAGAGCUGUGAUUGUCUUCAGGGCUUCCAGCUUACACACUCCCUUGGUGGUGGUACCGGUUCCGGUAUGGGAACCCUUCUCAUCAGCAAGAUCCGUGAGGAGUACCCAGACCGCAUCAUGAACACAUUCAGCGUUGUGCCAUCACCCAAAGUAUCAGACACUGUUGUUGAGCCUUACAAUGCCACACUCUCAGUCCAUCAGCUGGUUGAGAACACAGACGAGACCUACUGCAUUGACAAUGAAGCCCUCUACGAUAUCUGCUUCCGUACCCUCAAGCUGACCACACCCACCUACGGAGAUCUAAACCAUCUGGUCUCUGCCACCAUGAGUGGAGUCACCACCUGCCUGCGUUUCCCUGGCCAGCUCAACGCUGAUCUCCGCAAACUUGCAGUCAACAUGGUUCCCUUCCCACGUCUUCAUUUCUUCAUGCCUGGCUUUGCUCCUCUCACCAGCCGUGGCAGCCAGCAAUACCGUGCCUUGACUGUUCCUGAGCUCACCCAGCAGAUGUUCGAUGCCAAGAACAUGAUGGCUGCCUGUGAUCCUCGUCAUGGACGCUACCUCACCGUUGCCGCCAUCUUCCGUGGACGUAUGUCCAUGAAGGAGGUCGAUGAGCAGAUGCUCAACGUACAGAACAAGAACAGCAGCUACUUCGUCGAAUGGAUCCCCAACAACGUCAAGACUGCCGUCUGUGACAUCCCACCACGUGGUCUGAAGAUGUCUGCCACCUUCAUCGGCAACAGCACCGCCAUCCAGGAGCUCUUCAAGCGCAUCUCUGAGCAGUUCACCGCUAUGUUCAGGAGGAAGGCUUUCCUCCAUUGGUACACUGGUGAGGGUAUGGACGAGAUGGAGUUCACAGAGGCUGAGAGCAACAUGAAUGAUCUGGUGUCUGAGUACCAGCAGUACCAGGAUGCCACCGCUGAGGAGGAGGGAGAGUUCGACGAGGAGGAGGAAGGUGAUGAGGAGGCUGCAUAAAUCAACUGAUCUGAAAUUUCCCAACUGAACAAAAGACUCGACACAAACCCAUAUUUUUCAACAUUCCGUCCUUAUUUCCUAUCCUUUGCAUUGUCAAUUCUGUAAUAUGUUUUGAAAAAGAAAUUGCAACUGCCUUCCGGAUCUACAUUGUUUUAUUUUAACUCUGCCAAGAACUGAGUUCAAAUCGAUCAUGAAUAUUCAAGAAUGAAUUUAUUAAAAAAGAAUUAAAGCAAUGUUAUGUCAUUUGACAGAUUUGGAUGUUUUUUUCAUGUUAGAAGGAACAGAAGGAAACUAUCAUCACUGAAAUUGUUUAGAAAAAUUAUUGAAUAAAUUUAAUAGUACAAAUAUA